GCGAACUAGGCACCGGGAGGGAGAGGGCCGCAGGGGGAAGGGAAGUCGAGAGCUCGAGGGCGGGCUGCGCUUGAUUGACAGCUCGUUCGAACGAAUCCUCCACGCGGCUUUCCUUCGCUCUCUUUUCUACUCAUCCCUGCUCUUCGUCCCACCUCCUCCUCCUCCACCCCUCUCCUCUUGCCUUUCGACCCUCCCCACUUCCCCUCCCCCACUCUGCGGGCAAAUCGCUGCUGAAAAGAGGUGGGGGCCGAAGCGGCGGGCUCGUGUGGAGCCGUGAGGUGGGAUUGACUGGCGCUCGGGCCAAUGAGAGACAGGCUCAUGGCGCGGCUGUAGCUAGAACUGACCAAUAGGAGGGCGGGCUGGGGGCGGAGGCCCAGGUUCCAAACGCUCCGCGGCGCCAUGGGCUGAAAACUCAACCGAGAUGGAAUCUCCCAGUCUGAACCGGUUUCAACCGGUUCCGAGUUUGAGGCACUAGGAGGAGGGGGAGAAGCGGCUGCAGCGGCCGCGGCAGGAGCAGCGGGAGCUACAGCAUCAGCAAGAGCAACAGUAGCUACAGCCCCGGCGGCGGUGCCUGUUCCAGUCUUUGCUGCUGCAGUCCGUGCAACCACCCAGAGGGGGAGGGGGGAACCACCAGUCGCUGAGGAACAAGAGAAGGGGGGAAAGUUUAGGCGAGCCUGGGGGGGGGGGGCCAGCGCCGGAGCCGCGUGAGAGAGGGAGCCGUGUUUUGGUAGGGGGGAGUCGGACUGCAACUGGCAGCAGAGCGUCUCCCCGGCCGUGUGGACUCUACACCCCCUACUGCCGCUUCUGCUGCUGCCUGUGGCUGGAGGGUCCCCCUGGGGCUGAAUCUUUGGGACUUGACCCCGUUCCCUCCCCCUUCCCUCACUCCCCAGCCGGGCGGGAGCAUUUAUUCCCCAGAUUAAUUCCCCUUUUUUGGGGGGGCGGGUGUGUGUGUGUGUGUGUGUGUGUGUGUUGGGGGAAGCGUCCCUGAAAUAGUAAAUAUUAUUGAGCUCUUUUUGCCCUUUUCCUGUCCGUUUUUUUAAUUUCCUUUUUUGAGGUGGGAAAACUGUGAAACCCACCUUGAUUCGUCCCCUCUCCCCCCUCCCCACCUUCCCUCGCCCUAAUCCCCCAACAAGGAAGGAAGGAGCAGUUGGUUCAAUCUCUGGUAAUCUAUGCCAGCAAUUAUGACAAUGUUAGCAGACCAUGCAGCUCGUCAGCUGCUUGAUUUCAGCCAAAAACUGGAUAUCAACUUAUUAGAUAAUGUGGUGAAUUGCUUAUACCAUGGAGAAGGAGCCCAGCAAAGAAUGGCUCAAGAAGUACUGACACAUUUAAAGGAGCAUCCUGAUGCUUGGACAAGAGUCGACACAAUUUUGGAAUUUUCUCAGAAUAUGAAUACGAAAUAUUAUGGACUACAAAUUUUGGAAAAUGUGAUAAAAACAAGGUGGAAGAUUCUUCCAAGGAACCAGUGCGAAGGAAUAAAAAAAUACGUUGUUGGCCUCAUUAUCAAGACGUCAUCUGACCCAACUUGUGUAGAGAAAGAAGAGGUGUAUAUCGGAAAAUUAAAUAUGAUCCUUGUUCAGAUACUGAAACAAGAAUGGCCCAAACAUUGGCCAACUUUUAUCAGUGAUAUUGUUGGAGCAAGUAGGACCAGCGAAAGUCUCUGUCAAAAUAAUAUGGUGAUUCUUAAACUCUUGAGUGAAGAAGUAUUUGAUUUCUCUAGUGGACAGAUAACCCAAGUCAAAUCUAAGCAUUUAAAAGACAGCAUGUGCAAUGAAUUCUCACAGAUAUUUCAACUGUGUCAGUUUGUAAUGGAAAAUUCUCAAAAUGCUCCACUUGUACAUGCAACCUUGGAAACAUUGCUCAGAUUUCUGAACUGGAUUCCCCUGGGAUAUAUUUUUGAGACCAAAUUAAUCAGCACAUUGAUUUAUAAGUUCCUGAAUGUUCCAAUGUUUCGAAAUGUCUCUCUGAAGUGCCUCACUGAGAUUGCUGGUGUGAGUGUAAGCCAAUAUGAAGAACAAUUUGUAACGCUAUUUACUCUGACAAUGAUGCAACUAAAGCAGAUGCUUCCUUUAAAUACCAAUAUUCGACUUGCAUACUCAAAUGGAAAAGAUGAUGAACAGAACUUUAUUCAAAAUCUCAGUUUGUUUCUCUGCACCUUUCUUAAGGAACAUGAUCAACUUAUAGAAAAAAGAUUAAAUCUCAGGGAAACUCUUAUGGAGGCCCUUCAUUAUAUGUUGUUGGUAUCUGAAGUAGAAGAAACUGAAAUCUUUAAAAUUUGUCUUGAAUACUGGAAUCAUUUGGCUGCUGAACUCUAUAGAGAGAGUCCAUUCUCUACAUCUGCCUCUCCGUUGCUUUCUGGAAGUCAACAUUUUGAUGUUCCUCCCAGGAGACAGCUGUAUUUGCCCAUGUUAUUCAAGGUCCGUUUAUUAAUGGUUAGUCGAAUGGCUAAACCAGAGGAAGUAUUGGUUGUAGAGAACGAUCAAGGAGAAGUUGUGAGAGAAUUCAUGAAGGAUACAGAUUCCAUAAAUUUGUAUAAGAAUAUGAGGGAAACAUUGGUUUAUCUUACUCAUCUGGAUUAUGUAGAUACAGAAAGAAUAAUGACAGAGAAGCUUCACAAUCAAGUGAAUGGUACAGAGUGGUCAUGGAAAAAUUUGAAUACAUUGUGUUGGGCAAUAGGCUCCAUUAGUGGAGCAAUGCAUGAAGAGGACGAAAAACGAUUUCUUGUUACUGUUAUAAAGGAUCUAUUAGGAUUAUGUGAACAGAAAAGAGGCAAAGAUAAUAAAGCUAUUAUUGCAUCAAAUAUCAUGUACAUAGUAGGUCAAUAUCCACGUUUUUUGAGAGCUCACUGGAAAUUUCUGAAGACUGUAGUUAACAAGCUGUUCGAAUUCAUGCAUGAGACCCAUGAUGGAGUCCAGGAUAUGGCUUGUGAUACUUUCAUUAAAAUAGCCCAAAAAUGCCGCAGGCAUUUCGUUCAGGUUCAGGUUGGAGAAGUGAUGCCAUUUAUUGAUGAAAUUUUGAACAACAUCAACACAAUUAUUUGUGAUCUUCAGCCUCAACAGGUUCAUACAUUUUAUGAAGCUGUGGGGUACAUGAUUGGUGCACAAACAGAUCAAACAGUACAAGAACACUUGAUAGAAAAGUACAUGUUACUCCCUAAUCAAGUGUGGGAUAGUAUAAUCCAGCAGGCAACCAAAAAUGUGGAUAUACUGAAAGAUCCUGAAACAGUCAAGCAGCUUGGUAGCAUUUUGAAAACAAAUGUGAGAGCCUGCAAAGCUGUUGGACACCCCUUUGUAAUUCAGCUUGGAAGAAUUUAUUUAGAUAUGCUUAAUGUAUACAAGUGCCUCAGUGAAAAUAUUUCUGCAGCUAUCCAAGCUAAUGGUGAAAUGGUUACAAAGCAACCAUUGAUUAGAAGUAUGCGAACUGUAAAAAGGGAAACUUUAAAGUUAAUAUCUGGUUGGGUGAGCCGAUCCAAUGAUCCACAGAUGGUCGCUGAAAAUUUUGUUCCCCCUCUGUUGGAUGCAGUUCUCAUUGAUUAUCAGAGAAAUGUCCCAGCUGCUAGAGAACCAGAAGUGCUUAGUACUAUGGCCAUAAUUGUCAACAAGUUAGGGGGACAUAUAACAGCUGAAAUACCUCAAAUAUUUGAUGCUGUUUUUGAAUGCACAUUGAAUAUGAUAAAUAAGGACUUUGAAGAAUAUCCUGAACACAGAACGAACUUUUUCUUACUACUUCAGGCUGUCAAUUCUCAUUGUUUCCCAGCAUUCCUUGCUAUUCCACCUACACAGUUUAAACUUGUUUUGGAUUCCAUCAUUUGGGCCUUCAAACAUACUAUGAGGAAUGUCGCAGAUACAGGCUUACAGAUACUUUUUACACUCUUACAAAAUGUUGCACAAGAAGAAGCUGCAGCUCAGAGUUUUUAUCAAACUUAUUUUUGUGAUAUUCUCCAGCAUAUCUUUUCUGUUGUGACAGACACUUCACAUACUGCUGGUUUAACAAUGCAUGCAUCAAUUCUUGCAUAUAUGUUUAAUUUGGUUGAAGAAGGAAAAAUAAGUACAUCAUUAAAUCCUGGAAAUCCAGUUAACAACCAAAUCUUUCUUCAGGAAUAUGUGGCUAAUCUCCUUAAGUCGGCCUUCCCUCACCUACAAGAUGCUCAAGUAAAGCUCUUUGUGACAGGGCUUUUCAGCUUAAAUCAAGAUAUUCCUGCUUUCAAGGAACAUUUAAGAGAUUUCCUAGUUCAAAUAAAGGAAUUUGCAGGUGAAGACACUUCUGAUUUGUUUUUGGAAGAGAGAGAAAUAGCCCUUCGGCAGGCUGAUGAAGAGAAACAUAAACGUCAAAUGUCUGUCCCUGGCAUCUUUAAUCCACAUGAGAUUCCAGAAGAAAUGUGUGAUUAAAAUCCAAAUUCAUGCUGUUUUUUUUCUCUGCAACUCGUUAGCAGAGGAAAACAGCAUGUGGGUAUUUGUCGACCAAAAUGAUGCCAAUUUGUAAAUUAAAAUGUCACCUAGUGGCCCUUUUUCUUAUGUGUUUUUUUGUAUAAGAAAUUUUCUGUGAAAUAUCCUUCCAUUGUUUAAGCUUUUGUUUUGGUCAUCUUUAUUUAGUUUGCAUGAAGUUGAAAAUUAAGGCAUUUUUAAAAAUUUUACUUCAUGCCCAUUUUUGUGGCUGGGCUGGGGGGAGGAGGCAAAUUCGAUUUGAACAUAUACUUGUAAUUCUAAUGCAAAAUUAUACAAUUUUUCCUGUAAACAAUACCAAUUUUUAAUUAGGGAGCAUUUUCUUUCUAGUCUAUUUCAGCCUAGAAGAAAAGAUAAUGAGUAAAACAAAUUGCGUUGUUUAAAGGAUUAUAGUGCUGCAUUGUCUGAAGUUAGCACCUCUUGGACUGAAUCGUUUGUCUAGACUACAUGUAUUACAAAGUCUCUUUGGCAAGAUUGCAGCAAGAUCAUGUGCAUAUCAUCCCAUUGUAAAGCGACUUCAAAAAUAUGGGAACACAGUUAGUUAUUUUUACACAGUUCUUUUUGUUUUUGUGUGUGUGUGCUGUCGCUUGUCGACAACAGCUUUUUGUUUUCCUCAAUGAGGAGUGUUGCUCAUUUGUGAGCCUUCAUUAACUCGAAGUGAAAUGGUUAAAAAUAUUUAUCCUGUUAGAAUAGGCUGCAUCUUUUUAACAACUCAUUAAAAAACAAAACAAAACAACUCUGGCUUUUGAGAUGACUUAUACUAAUUUACAUUGUUUACCAAGCUGUAGUGCUUUAAGAACACUACUUAAAAAGCAAAAUAAACUUGGUUUACAUUUA